UGUUGUAGCCCAGUGCAGUGAGGGGUGACAGUGAGGGGCAGGCAGCCUUUUUGUGUACGCUGCUCCUCUGCCCGGUAGUCACUGACUGUCAGCCUCUCUUCUUUGUUCCUGUGGCCCCGCCCCCCGGCUUUAGCGCCUCCCAUUGGCUGGAGGUGACUGGAGGGGACACGCUGCUCGGGCUCCAGCAGUCGGGCUCCAGCUCCUGCCAUUGUUAGCAGCCCCGGGGCCCCGUCCACCUCCUCCGCCUCCUCCGCUCACCAUGCCCGGGAAAGCCGCCUGUACCGGAGCCGCCAUGCUGAGGUCCUGCAGAGACAUGGAGGAGCUGAUCGUGGAGCUGCGAUUGUUUCUGCAACUUCUGGACCACGAAUAUCUCACGACAACAGUUAAAGAGAAAAAGACUGUCAUAAGCAACAUUUUGCAAAGGAUACAGUCAUCCAAAGAACUGGAGUUGAAGAACCAUGUGCACAAAGCGGAGACAUCGAGCAACGUACCUGCCCCUCCACAAAUGCCUCUCCCAGAAAUCCCCCAGCAGUGGUUGCCUCCAGACAAUGGACCCCCGCCUUUGCCAACGUCAUCACUUCCAGAAGGGUACUAUGAAGAAGCUGUGCCUCUAAGCCCUGGUAAAGCCCCUGAAUACAUAACUUCCAAUUAUGAUUCUGAUGCGAUGAGCAGUUCAUAUGAAUCUUAUGAUGAAGAAGAGGAAGAUGGAAAAGGGCAGAAAAAGAGACUUCAGUGGCCGUCUGAAGAAGCCUCUAUGCACCUUGUAAAGGAUGCUAAGAUUUGUGCGUUCCUAUUACGGAAGAAAAGAUUUGGGCAGUGGACUAAACUUUUGUGUGUCAUUAAAGAAAACAAACUAAUGUGCUACAAAUCCUCCAAGGAUCAGCAGCCACAGAUGGAGUUACUUUUGAACGGCUGCUCAGUCUCCUAUGUACCAAAGGAUGGGAAAAAGAAAAAGCACGAACUGAAGAUUACUCAUCAGGGAACAGAUGCUCUGGUCCUCGCCGUCCAAAGUGAGGAACAGGCCGAACAAUGGCUGAAGGUGAUUAAGGAAGUAUGCAGUAGUUUCAGUGGGACUGUGGACUCGGACGGACCCUCUUCAAGUUCUCCUGUUCCAAAGACAGAACUAGAAAAGAAAUUGUCAGAGAAGCCAAGCUCAGACGGAGAGUGUAAUGUCGAGAAUGGCACGGCAAUUGUCAAUGGCAAGGAGCCCCUGAAGAGAAAGAAAAGUGGCACAAAAGCCGAGCCGAAAGGUACAGUCACCAAAGUAACGGGAAAGAAAAUAACAAAAAUCAUUGGCCUGGGGAAGAAGAAACCAAGCACGGAUGAGCAGACAUCAUCGGCAGAAGAAGAUGUUCCAACGUGUGGUUACCUAAAUGUCCUUAGCAACAACCGGUGGAGAGAGCGGUGGUGCCGGGUCAAGGACAAUAAACUCGUCUUUCAUAAAGACAGGACAGAUCUUAAGACGCACAUAGUCUCCAUACCUCUGAGAGGGUGUGAAGUCAUCCCAGGCCUGGACUCCAAGCAUCCUCUGACUUUCCGUCUUCUCCGUAAUGGACAGGAGGUGGCCGUGCUAGAGGCUUCAUCUUCUGAAAACAUGGGCAGGUGGAUAGGAAUCUUACUGGCGGAAACAGGUUCUUCUACCGAUCCCGGAGCUCUGCACUAUGACUACAUUGAUGUGGACACCACAGCAAAUGUAAUCCAGACAGCCAAGCAGUCUUUCUGUUUCAUGAACAGAAGAGUAAUAUCCACAAACCCCUAUCGUGAAGCCCCCACAAAUGGCUAUUCAUGUCCCAGCGGAGUAGCUCUUCACUACGAUGAUGUCCCAUGCAUCAAUGGAUUUUGGAGGCCGGAGGAGGAUUAUUUCCACAGGCUCAGAGGAGAAGAGGUUCACUAUGAUGAUCCAGAUGUGUACGAUAACUUACCAUCUCCAAAAAUCUUUGCGCCAAACCCAUCGGCCGACAAAAAGCCCAAUAGGUUCUCCUCUGAGAAACUUUCUCCUAACCACUACAAAUCUCCUGUCUCAUCCAGUCUAUCCUCUCAGUCUGUCACUAACAACUCUCCUACUCUGGGGAGGGCGUCUGCCGGCUCCUCUUCUCAGCUCAAGAGCAAGAAGCCUCCUACUGCGUCCAAUGGGAUCGCGUCAAAAUCUAGAAUAGCCACCAACCAGCAAAGGAAGCAGAGUCCGGCCAAUACCAUAAAGCGCAAUAACUCCAAUACCGAUCAGUACAAAUACGGGAAGAACAGAGUGGAGGCCGAUGCUAAGAAAUUACAGCAGAAAGAGGAGGAACUACUGAAAAAGAAAGAAGCCCUGAGGAACCGAUUGGCCCAACUCCGGAAAGAGAAGCGGGAUACUAAAGCUGCCAUUGAUGCUAAUGCAGGGAGAAAAUCUCAGGCAAUGCUGGAGGACAAGUUAAAGAAACUGGAGGAAGAGUGUAAAGUGAAAGAGGGCGAGCGGGUCACCCUUGAGCUGGAGCUUACAGAGGUGAAAGAAAAUCUGAAGAAAGCCAUGGCAGGUGGAAUUACUCUUGGUCUCGCUAUAGAACCCAAGACUGGGACGUCAAGACAACAGUCUCCAGUUCUUCGACAUCGGACGGUGGAGAACUCGCCCAUCUCCAGCUGUGACACGAGUGAUGCAGAAUGCUCUCUACCAGUUAACAGCGCUGCAGCAUUAAAGAGACAUCCAGCUGCAAAUAACUCCCCUGUACGGGGCCACGUGCUGCGGAAGGCCAAGGAGUGGGAGCAGAAAAAUGGCACAUAAGCUGGAACACUUCAUCCUGUGACCUGUAUAUCAGCCUUAAAUAGCACGGACCAAGAGACCGAACUACACAGUAUUUUUAUACAAGGGUACUGAGCACACAGCGUGUUAUAUAAAGUUCUCCUAUAGCCGAGCAGCUGUGAGCGGCUUUUUCUCAGAGGACCUAUCACCGUGUCAUGUGAUCUGCGAUUGCGCGGCCUCCUUGUUUUUUUUUUUUUUUUGUUAUCUGGCCAGCUGAUCACUCACUAAAACACCUCGGCUAACCGUCCGUGUCUCCAGUAUCCUGUCACAUGCACAUACACCUUCAAUCACAUUCCAAUGUUUUCAUUGCUCUUGUCUGCCCCUGCUGUCUGAUGUGAUGAAUUGCAUGUAGACUUUUUUUUUUGUGACAAAACCUGGCAGUUUUUCACCGAAUAUCAAGAAUUCUCAUGAAUCGCGGUCCUGCACCUUUCCACUCUUUAUUGCACAAUAUAUUACUUUUCUUAAGCUUGCCGCGGAUUACUUCUUCCCCAUUCCAAACUUCAUCCUCCUUGUUAUAUAUAUAUAUAUCCCCUUUCUGAGAUUGAAAAUGGCUACAAGAUGUAUAGGUUUUUAUAGAGGGUUGACCAGGAUCGGAAAAAUAUAUGUCUGCUUUAAUUCAGAAACAGCACCACUCCUGUGCACAGGUUGUGUUUGGUAUUGCAGUUUAGCCUCCUCCGUUGGCUGUAGUGAAGGUGAACUGCAAUACCUAUAUACAACCCAUGGACAGGUAUGGCACUGUUCAUGGGACAAGGUAGCCAUGUUUUUUCUGAUUCUUUAGUAAAUCGUAAGAGGCAAGCGUAGUGUCACAAUGGAUGUCUAACUUCCUCUACC